GCAACGGCGCCCCGCGCUUCGCCGAGUGCUGCUCCGGCACGGUCUACAACAUUACGAGCCCAACUUCGCCCAGCGACAGCGCGUACCCAGUCUCGUGCGCUAUUCUUUGCCAAAUCAGUCCGCAAAUGAACGCCGAUAACCCGCGAAACCCAUAUGGGUUCAGCGACCACUUCAUGUGUCUCACCGACGGCACCAGGGAGCCCUCGUCUGGGGAGGUCGUCUGCGCCACGGUGACGCUGCUGGGUGUAGCGUGGCCUACGGUGUUUCCAAAUACGCCCGUUCUCUCGUGGACGACCAGAUCUUGGACGACGGAUAUUUACUCACGGAUCAGCGAGGUUACGUCUCUUGAUGACAGCCAGACUGGAUCGCCCACUGCGACGGUGUCUACGGAUGUUGCGACAACUUCGUCUUCUCAGAGACUUUCUAUCUCACCGUCAGAAUCAAACGCCGCAUCCACCUCGCUUACCACAGCGUCGUCAACAGCGACAAGCGCGGCUGUGGCGACACCGACGGGUAGCAGUGCCGCCACAGGUGCAAAAGUGCAUGCGAAACACCUCAUGCUGAGCGUGCUGCUUCUUGUAGGCGCUUUCUGUCGCGCUUAGAAUAGUUUUCCCAAUCGAUCGAGUCAAGAGAGUUAACGGACUUGUGCUGUCAAAGGCCCCGAGCAGGCAGCGGUCAUCCGUAUCGGGCUUUUCAUCGCUGAUGUCGGGACGUCCCCAUGGAUAUGACUCGUUUUUCAAGCUUAAAGCCGAGGACUAAGGUUGGGAUUGCUGGCCACGGAAUGCUGAACAUUAUGUAGUGGUCCGUGAUCAAUAUUAUUGACUUUGCUUGGAUAACCUUGUUGAGAUCUUUAGCUGAAACCCGACGACACUCGGGAUAUUUUCAAUAUUAGGUUGCC